AUGAAGAUCAAGUGCGAGUGAGAUGGAAGAAGAUCGCGCGUGCGGCUCCUCUUCGGUUGUUAGGUCGUUGUUACACAGGUUCUAAAGGCUGUCCCGGAGACCGCCGCGUCGCGCGCGCGACUGUCGCUGCCUGCGCGCGCAAAGCCUCGACCGGCGUCCACGAGGAGCGCUAGCUCUGUGACCGGCCUUUGCCUCUGUGAGCGGGACGUUCAGUCUAAUUUGAACCGUCGCGUGCAUCCGCGUGUCGGCGGUUAACGACGACCUUUUUUUACACACACAUACACACACAUACAUACUCAUAUAUAAAUCGAGACAUGAACGUGAACCACGAGGUUCCGAUAUGUUUUGUCUCACAAGACUUAAUUCUCAUAUAUUUAAAUAGUAUUUCAGUGUAAAUCAAUGUGUUCCUCCUUUUUUUCAAUAUUCUUCCUCCCUUGUUAUCUGGUGAACCACGUGUCUUUAAAUUUUAUUUGAUUGUGUUAAUAAAUAAAUUCCUUUUUUUCUGUUUUUAAUUUUUCAUGGCUCUUUUUCAUUGAAACAUUUUUGCCGACACCUAAAUUGAGAAGCGCUUUACGUGGUACGUACGAUGAUAUUUAAAUAGCAGCGGCGAAGAUUCAAAGAGGCAGACGACAAGCAGAUCCUUCUUCGUAAAGUGCAACGCGAUACUUCUUGAUUUAAAAACAGUGUCAACUAUCUAUGUCAAUAAGUAAAUUCUAAAUUUGGGAUAUUUUUGUCUUAAUGAAAAAAAACUAACAUGUCAUAGUGGAAUCUUGAUAGAAUAUAUAAGACUAAAGUUGGAAAUUUUGCGGUAGUGCGCGUCUUGUCCUUAAUAGGACUAGUGUGUGCGGUGACCCGCAAAACUCUUUCAAAAUGAAGAGUAAAACGGUACCGCAAAAAAUAAAGGCUAGACACCCUCAAAACUGUCUGGGAAUUCUCACCAUUUAUCAAUGGUACAAUACUUCUUGAAAUAAACAACUUGACUUGAAGGGUCACUUUAAAGAGAGGCCUUCACAGUCAUUAAAUUUUAGACACAAGUGAAGGAAUACGCCUUUGUUUUUAUCUGUAUAAUCAAAUGUCAAUGAAAAUAAUUUUUGAGAAUUGAGAAACACUGAAAAGAACUCUUUUUAAAGAUUCCGGGUGAGGAACCCUUUCGGGGUAGUAGAGGUCUCCUCACCCCGAGUCAAAGAUCAUCAAAGUUAGAUAAUGUGGGGAUCUUUGAUUUUAGCCGGAAUCUUGAGCGGCUGUUGGGGCGCCUUUGCCAUUGCCUCGGCACCCCCAGCUAAGCUUUCGAGGUCCCCAUUUGAUAAUUAUCCAAAAAUUACCUUUCAACAAUAUCAAAGACCAAAAACAAGGUCUUUAGAUAUUUUUCAAAAUGACUUUGGAUAUCGUAUUACGCCGAUAAAUCCCCAUGAAUACAAUCAAAAAACAUCUAAAUCUCAUCAUCAUCAAUUAGAUUUAGCCAAUUUUUACACUUACUUUGGAAGAAAUUUUGAUUGGAAUGAAAAUAAUGUCAUAAUGAAUUUAAGUAAAAUUUUAGAAUCUUCCUCGUCAUCAGUUGAGGUACCAAGAAUUUCAAGAUCAAUUACAAUGAGAAAAAAUCGCACCAAAUCAGAUUCACCUCGUGAGCAACGACGACGGUGUCGAAUGAAAAAUAAUUGUCGUGGUAGAAAUUGGUGUCCCGAUAUGGACGUUGGAAAUAGGGCAUUUCUCGCUCCGACAGUAUUUGAAGGGAAGGCCAGAAGUAUGUCCUCCCUUAGGAAGCCUGGAUCAAAUUAUGCCGUUACCUUUGAGGUAAGACAGGUUUACAAGAGUCAGACUGGCUUUGUGCCUCUGCAAAAGAAUGAUAGCGUCAGAUUGCACUUCCGUGACAAGGCCACACCAACAAAAUCCACUCUCUGUGGAUAUGAUGACAACAAUAAUAACGCAGGAAUUAAACAACAAGAUAAUCGAAGUGGUGGAGUGGUGAGGGCCAAUAUUAAAAGGGGUAAAGUGUAUCUAGUGUUUGUGAAUCGCGUAGGACCAAGAAACUUUACUAUCCUCGGCGAACCAGUGAUACGCAGUAAGAAAAAUGAACAGGCGGUGCAAGCGGUCACUCGUCCGGAUUAUGUGCGAGAAGUUACAUUAUCUGAACUUAGGGACUCUGUGGUGAGGUUACAGGACAGAGUUAAGCUAGUGUGCAGAACGAGGGGAUCACCUCCUCCAAAAGUGCAUUGGCUUAAAGAUGGAAUACUUCUUCAUCCACGAAGAGGACUUCGAGUUCAACACAAACGACGGAGGUCGAAAAUAGUAAUAGUGUCAGCAAAACUGGAAGAUAGUGGAAGGUACGAAUGCGUGGCUGAAAGCACUUCCGGUCACCAAGCUUCACUUGCAGCCCAACUUCUAGUCACUCAAGAUAUUACAAAUCGAGAAACCACGACAAUUUCGUGGCCAAGGCAAGAACAACCCUGUCCAAUUACAGGAGAUUUUUGCAUGAACGGUGGUACCUGCUUAUUUUUCGAGACCGUCGGUGAACCAGCCUGCAGGUGUGCGGAAGGCUUCACAGGUCUACGGUGUGAGACGAAAGAUGUCAUCAGUACUGGAAGUGUGUACAAUCGCCAUAGAGCACCAUUUUCGUGUAAACUAGGUCUCUCAACCUCAUACUACUGCUAGCGACAGUAUCGCGGAGCCCAAUAAGUAAAUUAUUACUUGUAGUGCUCCUAUAUAGGGAACUUACGAUAUCGUCUUCGUAUGAACCGAUUAUAAGCGCCAUUAAUAACCAAUAAAUGAAACUGCGCAAUUUUAUUGGUGCUGCCAUAUUCGUAAUAUGCAUAUUGGGCAUUAACAGUAUAAAUAAUGAAAGGUCAUUCUUGGGCUUUAUAUGUAACGUACCAUUACGUAGCAGAACGAACCGAGUUUACCUCUUAUUAGGAAAUAUCAUCUUCUACUGUAUAAGGAGUCUUCUCCAUUGUACAUUUUUUUUAUUUGAAACAGAAAUAGGACGCGAAAAAUGGUAUUUCCUCAAUUUUUAACUCUUUUCUUUACUGAGUACUUUUGAAAUGUCUCAAAACGCACAACAUUGACACAGUUUUUGAAAAAAAUAUUAUUUUGUAAAAAAAUAAGAAAAAUAUUUGUCUACUAUGUCAAUUUGAAAAUUUAUUUUUUAUAAGUCUAUAGUUAUUUCCAUAGACUUAAAUUUUAGUUUAUUUUUUGUUUUUUUUAUUUGCUAUUCCUGGUACUAUUAAUUGUAUUUGUAACUAUAAGGAACUUUUUAACUUCUUUUAGUACCAAAAAAUUUGAUAAUUAAUUGUUUUAAAAACGUAAAAAUUUUUACUAUUUAUUUUAUUUAUAAUUCAAAACCUAAAUUUUAAGUACCUAACGAUGAAAAAUUGUUACUCAUCGUUAGUGAUAAUUUAGAGUCUCUGCCCGAAAUUUAUGUAACUAAAUUUUAAGCUUAUUUUUUACAAAUUCAAUAUUUUCAAUAAAUACUUGAGCUUUGAUUAUUGAAACUUUUUGGGUUGUUAGAGUCGCAUAAACUUGUUUAUAAUACCAGAAUCAAAACAAAUGAAUAUUACAAUUGUUUUUAAAUUGAUACUAACUAAAUUUUUCUUCUAAAACCGUUGAUUAAUAUUUGGUUUCCACUAUAUUAAUUUGCAUACUCAGGAGACUUAUUAAGAAAAUUAAUUUAAGCAUAUUGGGAUAGGUUAUGAUUUCUGCUAUGUUACUUACUAUCGGUAACUGUUUGAUCGGUAAAGUAGAUCUCUAUUUUACAAGGUGCAUAUAUAUUGGAAGGAUGUUGAAGUCAUCCAAUCGGUAAAAUUAUAUACAUUACCACAUAUGGUAAGGUAGUAAUUUACCUUAUCAACCUAGCACUUAUUGACUGUAAGUAAUAUAACAGAAAUUACAAAUGUCUAAAUUUGUUUGUUUACUAUUCUUGGUACUCUAUUAAUCACUUUUUAACUUCUUUUAUCACUAAAAAAUGUGAAUAAUAACACAGGCCAACAAAAUUUGAUUCGAUUUACUUUCCAAGAAUCAGACAAUACUUUUCAUUUAAAAAAAAUCGUCCGCCAUAUUGAAUCGGCCAUUUGGAAUUUUGAAAAUAAUUAUAAUUUUGAAAUUAUCGAAUAGUACUUUCAGAUACAAUAUUGAUCUUUUGGGAAAAAAAUUAUCUCUUGAUGUUGCAUGACCUCAAAUGCUGUUAAAAAGCGGGUUUUUUGCAUAUUAAGGUCGAAAACCUUCUGAAAAGUUGUCUAAUUCUUGGAAAGUAAAUCUUGUCGGCCAGUGUUAUUAUUAUAAAGUUUCAAUAUUAAAUGUCUCAAUGUAAUUAUACAUUAACAAUUGUCAUUUUAAUGUUGCGAUAUUACAAUCGAUGGUAGUGCUCAAAAAUAAAUAGAUUUUAUAGAGUCAAUACCCUACGAAUGGGUGUUUUAGCAAGUUUAAUAUUUCGUGCGUAUGCCAAGAACCUCGUUCUUAAAUAAUAUCGUUUCUACAGAAAGUAAUGCCAAAGAAUUCCCAGUCUCAAUCCUUCGAAAUUUAGACUCAAAAUCAGGCAAAAUGAUCGUUUUAUAAUUUUCUUUCUUGUGAAACUAGUCAAACGAAAAAGUUCUUCAUGUAUCUGAUACUUUGAGUCUAUUUAUAGGAAUAGCCAAAAAAAAAAGAAAAGUAAUAAAGUUUUUUCACUAUUUUUAAAAUAAUGAACAAGUAUUAAUGUUUUUAAGUAAUAAUAACGUUUUUUUUAUUUUAAUUUGCAUUUGCAGUUGAAAAUUAAAGACUUUUGUAAUGUUCUUAAAAUAAUGAUUUUUUCAAUUUAAUUUAUUUAGACUUUCUAUUUUUGUAAUGAAGUUUGCUAAGAGAAAACAAUAAAUAGUCAUGCAGUCAUUGCUGCAUUUAUCAUGCAAUCAUUAUAUCACAUUGAAGGCUUUCAGUUAGUAUUUGUUAGUUUUCAUCAUCAUCACUGUACUAGUUUUCAAUUUUUUAUAUCACUACAAUCAGGUAUUAAUUUUUAAGGCGUUGUAACAUUUUUCAUGCUUUACACUUCACAUAUAAAAUUUUAAUAAAGAAAUAAUUAUACAUUACUUUAAACACUAACUUUUAAAAUUCUCAAUUUUUUAUAAACUAUCUGCUGAGUUUUAAGUAUCAAAAGCAAUUAGUGAUUUUUGUGAAUAAAUAAAUAAUCAGUAAAAUAUUCAAAAUUUACAAUUUCAGAAUUUAAUUAUUUGUUUCUUAUAAAAAUAAUGUGAAAGUAUCAUAAACUGAAAUGCCUUCAUUAAUACUAGUCUUCUCGAUUGCUUUCAAUCUCAAAUGAUUUAUCACUAUAUAACUUUGCUUGUCUGAGAUGUCGUUCAAACAGCAAGUUAAGAGCACAAUAAUUUUAUAUUUAUAUAUUAAUAUCAAAAGUAAUAUUUUUUUUUAAUGAUUGGGACUUUUUGGGAAAAAAGUUAAUCAUGUAAAAAUAGCCUAUCACGUGUUAGAGAUUAAAUGAAAAAGAGGUUUAAAAUAUAAGUAUGAAAAGUAUAUAUAUAUUUGAUUAGUUAAACGGAAAAAAUUUCAUAAAUACUAGUAAGAUUUCUCCGAAGAACGAGCAUAGACUGAUAAAAUUUAAAUACCGUCGAUGACGCGAUGUUUUGGUUCAAAAACGAUAGUCGCGUUUUGUUUAUUUUUUAAAUGCACGACUGGUUAAUAUACAAAAAAAAGCGAGUCUUUGGAGUAAUCUAUCGAUGCGAUAUUAACGGGAUGCGCGUGCUGUGUUUCAGCAAUCUCGGGAUCUUAUUUAUGUUUUAUAAUAUAUAAAUAUAUUAUAUUAUGUAAAUAUAUACAUAUAUUAUACAAAUAUAUAUGUAUAUAUGUACAUAUAUAUACACGUAUAAAUAUGUGUAUAAAAUUUUUAAUUUAUUUAUUUAAUUAAUUUUAUUGAUUUAUGAUUAAAUACCACAUCCACCUCGGAAA